UUGGCCAGCAGUCAACUGCUGUUCUUCGUCGCGUUCGGACGGAUUUGUCCACUUGCACCGAUAGUCGCCGUCGUCGUCGUCGCCGUUACUUUGUAACAGUUUCAACUUAUAUCGCCGAAGAGCUGCCAGUGACUCUAAAUUGUGAUAUUCUAGUCUAGUGUGUUUCAGGGGAAUAGAAGAAUUCGCGUAUCAAUGCAUUGCCCAACCCGGUAGCCAAGUGCCUAUUUGCGAUCGAGUUCCACACAGGAGAGAGAUAUCAGAAGAUUCCCGGGCUUAUUUAGUCUGUAGAUAGUGCGCUUCUUCGAUUUCAGUGAUAUUUUUGAAUGGAAGAAAAUGCCAGUCGAAACCAGUAAGUGUCUGUGAUAGAAACGUGUGAUAUCGAAAGGCCACGGGGACUGUUUCUGACGGCGCGGUGAGAUUAGUGCAGUGUGAUUACAAUACACAACGGAUUCGCGUCUGCGAUGUACAGCGAUAAUAGGCGUAGUGCCUUCAAUUGUGAAAGUGGUGGAGAUAAGGACAAAUGUUUUCCCUACUCGAUUCUUUCGAAGCAUCAACAACACCAGCAGCAGCAACCGCAACUUCAACAACAUCUACAGCAUUACUACCCUUCGCAGCAACCUCCUGCUCCGCCAGGAUUUCGGAAUUACUCCACAUCGACAUCUCCGCAAGUCACGCAUUCGCCCCUGUCCGUACAAGGGACUUCCUUCUACACGAACACCAUGGUCACCGACGUCGGAAUUUGCUUCAGUAUGAGCAACGUGAACCUGAACAGCGAUUAUCCGCCCUAUCUUGGUCAUCCCUCUUUGUCCGUACUCGGAAAAGGUUAUAACGAUUCUGCCCAGUCGGCCAAUUACGUCCCCCCAUCCAAGUUCCGAUCAACAUCGUCCUCAUACAAAGCUCGCAACGUGACUCCCCCUAACGGAUUAACGAUGCGAACAUCCCACACGCCUCCAUCCUCAUCUCCCUACACCAUACCUUACUCCCCGUACUACUUUGCGCACCCGAAGAUCCCCGUCAAGAUCUACAACAAUCGCGUGGCGCCAUAUCUUCCCAUCCCGACCAAUUCGGCAUCGUCUGCCUCGGCAGCUGCAGCUUACGGUCAGCAGCUCAACAACUACUUCAACUACCCAGCGGUUCCGGUGGUGCCUUCCGAAUUGAACCCCGCAUCCAAAGCCCCCACGAAACUUCGGCAGAAUGCCUCAAAGACGUUGAUGAACAAUCAGUACUACGGCAUCUGCAUGACUCAAGGCGGCAAAGGUUCGCCUUCGUACUCGCCACCGUCCUCAGUGCCUCCUGAACAAGCUGCCAGCCCAGCGCAGUCCGAGAGUCCCAUCAACGUGGACGGAGAUGUUCCGGAAGACCAUAACAUGGAUGACGAUAUGCCACCGCUGCCGGAUGAUGAGGAUGACGAUGUUGACCUUGAUGAACCGCAGGACUUUAGCUUGAAAACACUUUCCGCACAACAACAUCGCCCCGGGAGGGAUUCGGACGAGUACUCCCGACGGACGUCUGCGCCUCCCAAAAAGAAGUGGAUACGGCAACAUAUGAGGGACGAACCCCUCGUAAACGGACAUUCCACAGCACCACCGCUCGUUGUGAUAUCGACCAAUAAUAAUGCCAGCCAGAAGCACCAUGCCGUCUCGUCCCUCACGAUUGAUCUCUCGACCAAAAGCAGCAACGGAAGCAGCAGUACGGGGAUUAUCGGGCACCGGUUGUCCAGCACGCCGCCCUCGUCCGGGUGUUCGUCGUCCUCGUCGACCCUCACCAUCUCGCCGGUGGACGAUUCGCAGUCGUCGUUGAACCUGAGCGGUGGUUCCACCAGCGGUUACAUCACCAGCCACAGCGCCAACAGUUCCAGCUCGCUUAACCUGAGCGGUUCCUCGCCGUUACCCAUCAACGGCAGCGUGAUAGCGACGACGUCCCAUGGAUCGAACUCGUCUCCGCUGCCGCAUGAUCUCGUUAUUGUACAACAGCAGCAAAUUGGCCAUCUGGUGCAGGCCGCCGGGCAGUCACACCACGGAUUGACUAGCACGGCCACUCUGCUGAACCACAUCCCGACUGGUGGCCGGAGGCGGACCACCAGCUCGAACAGCAAUGGCAGCGUUGGUACGAGGGAAGUGCACAAUAAACUGGAGAAGAAUCGGCGGGCCCAUCUGAAGGAGUGCUUCGAGCAGCUGAAGAAGCAGCUCACGCUCCAGCCGGAUGAGAAGAAAACUUCCAACUUGUCGAUUCUGCACGCGGCCAUCCGGUACAUUCAGGUGUUGAAGCGCAAGGAGCGCGAAUACGAGCAUGAAAUGGAGCGACUGGCCAAGGAGAAAAUCGCAUCCCAGAACAGGAUACUGGUGCUGAAGCGUGAGAUAUCGCAGUGGGGAGACGUUGACUUCUCCCGCCUCGCACCGGACACCGACGCCAUUCCAAACAGCAGCAGCAGCAGCAAUGCUGCGACCAACAGCGUGCAAUCGGAUCGAGAUUUGCUGAACGACCCGCCGGGUAUUGCCCCAGGUCGUAACGGUAUUCGGUACAGUUCGUCCAGCUCUCUGUCCAGCGUUGCCACCACUGCCUCCAUCGGCAAUCUACCGCUGCAGACCACCAUCUCGCCGGUGCUGAUAGCAGCUUCAUCACCAAGCCGUGCCAGUCCGCCGUCGUCUACGGUAAAUCGGAACUCGAGUUCCCCGGCCGGCGGAAGCAUGCCGAUGCCGCUGUCUCUCACGACCAAAGGCUCCACGGGGGUGGUCUCGGAUACGCACAACAGUACCCCAUCUCCGCUGAAGUUCAGCGCCUCCAGCCUUCCCAAUGGGCUCAAUCUCAGCACCGCCACCACCAAUACCAAUGGAUUCAGCAAUGGAGGUAACUCCUCCGGCGGUAGCAACUGCAGCACGCCAAACAGCACCGCCGGUGGUUCCAUCGUUACCAACGGUCUCAACGGAACCCCACUACCAUUGAUCGUCAAUGCAAACAACCUAGGCAGUUUGAGUCAGUCGCAGCUGUUGACCCCGGUCACGGCCACAAUCCUGACGACCGGCAAUGGCACCGCUCUUCAGACGCUGCCCCUGAACCUGAACGUCGCUUCCAGCAUCUCCAACGGUCACCACUUGGCAUCGUCCUCGUCGGCGCCAUCCAUUGUCAGCACAUCCAACGGAAUGACCAACGCCACCUCGGGCUUGCAAAUCAUCGGCACCACCGCCAACGGAACGACCAUUCCGGCCAGUUUGAUCAGUUCCACCACCGGCAAGGAAUUGCUCAAUGGCACCGCGCUGACCAAGAAUGGUUUCCGCACCGACAGCGGCAACAAGAUUGAGAUUAUUGCCACCCAAUCAGCGGCUGGUUCCGCACUAGAUCCCCCAGCUACCAAGGUGAUCAAGCUGGUCAACGGCAAUACUCUGGUCGGGGUGACCUCGAUCGAUAAAGACAAGAUGAUGCUGUCGCAGGUCGUUCCGCAAGGUGGUCUGGUAGUGAGCCCCAUCCAGUUGCUCACCUCCCAGGGUCUCCGCGUGAUCCAGCAAGCGCCCAACGGACUGGCCACCAUCGAGCUCAGCACCGCCAAUGUGCAGCCGCAGUCAAACCAAGCUCAACGAACCACCGGUGGUAAUAGCCUCCACAACAGCUCCAGCAGCAACAACCCAUCGCAUUUAACCUCCAUCACCACCAGUCAGCCAUCGAUUCAGUCUUCUAGCAGCAGUAAUCACACCCACCACCACCACCACCUCCAGCAACCCACCCACAUCCAGACGAUGACCGGCGCCCAGCUGCACAAACUUCUCAUCAGCUCGUCGGCGACCGGGGCAAGCAACGGGAUCAGCACCACAACGAGCACCGGCUACAGCAAUGGAGGAAGCACGCCGACGACGACCAUCACCCCGGAAUUGGCGCGGCUUCCCGGUGGAGCCGAGCUCAACAUCCUGCCGGCCGGGACCAAUGGUGCCACGGCGUUGCCCCUGUACCGGGCCACCACCGGGCAGGGCGGGAAGCUCACCUUCCUGAAUGCGAUCUCCACCGGCAGCGGUACCGGACUGACUCUGAAAGGUACCGACAGUUCCGCCACCGGAACGGGUCGAACGACGGCCCUCCACGUGGUCCAGACCAGUUCGGGGCAGCUCUCCGGUCUCACGCCGGUUGUGGUGUCGCGGUACGAUCCAGACGCCGCAGGCCACAUGAUCGGUCCCUUCACAACCUCCGCCGCUGCCACCGGUUCGUCCCAAAGCACCCAGCUCGGAAAGGUGGGUGCCUUAGUUUCGCGGAACUGAACCGAGCGCCGAGUGUGCCACCCUGUAACCACCCCCACCACAACCACCAAUUCAGCGGACCAGAGCCGUUGAACAGAACCAAUAACACCUCACCUUCACCACCCCAAACAAACAAACAACCAUACACAACAGAACACGCUGGACGGUUUUUUCCUGUCUACAAGGGAUCACAAUUUUGUUCAGUUCGGAAACUGAAAACCUACAGAAUAUACCUAUAGAUGUGUUUAGGUACACCAAUACUAGAGAAGAGACUAACCUAAAGUGCCCUCUCCGUUCUUUUCCCACUCAACGCAACGCAAUCUCCGCGUAUUGGCGUUUCUCGUCUCGUUGUUGCUCUCUCUUUCUGUCUUUGUCACUUCGGGCACGCAUGGUCUCAAACAGCAGAUGGUCAUGUCAGUGGGACAGUCGUCGUCCACCGGGAGCAGCGGUUCCGGAACAGUAACGCCCGGUCUGGUGCUACUCGACAAGGGCCAUCGUGUGGCGACAUCUAGAUGUGACGACGCCGAGGAAGCAACAGCAAUCGCCAUCUAGGCGUCGAGGAGGAGACACAAUGCAAAUGGAAUCGCCUAAAGGGUAUAUCAAAGGUUUCGUGUCCCAGAGCAACUAGAGGGACAGGGUUCGGUCAGUUUUUUUUUUCGACGAUGUGCUUUUGAGGUAGUGCUUUUGAGAAGGUACAGUGAAAUUAGCAGAGACAAGCAAUAUCAAAAUUUUAUAAUUGAAAUGUAUAUAAACAAAAUUUUACGUAUAUCUUUAAUAAUAAAUGGCUAAAGAUUUUAUUUGGAAGCAAGUAUCAAAAAUUACCUAUUUAUUGUAACAUUUUUUUCGGUUUGUUAUAGUUAAAUUAGUACCGCCGCAGUUUGGCAGGAAGUUUUAUACGGGUUGACUCUGCUCAUACAUGGAAGAGAAAACAGUAUGAAAAUGUUUGGCUAACUUAGUUCAUUAAUACUUUUUUGAUUAUCAUGCACAACAGAAGGCAAAAUAGCAUCACUUUAGCUACUAAAUUCAAGCUUUUUCUUUGGAAGGUAGAUUAAAGUCAGUUUUGUUCCACAAUAACUAAAAAUUUUCAAAAAAAAAACUCAAUUCAUUUUAGGUGUCUGCACAUCAUUUCGGCACACUUUAGUGGCAAUUUCUUAGUCGCCGAUCCAAAAUAGCUCGAAUUAGCUAAAAUAAUCUUAGUUACAAUGUAAGUAACGGGAGUUGCAUCACACAGAACUAUUUUGUUCAAAUACCUAAUACAGUCCUAAUCCAAGUUUCGAGAAUUAUAAUACGAUAAUUCCCGUCAAACACCAUUUUAAAAUGGGAAAUUCCUUUGAUUUCUUUUAGCUUUACCCGUUUUACUAUUCGGUCAUAGAAAGCGCCACGAGUGUUUGCCUUCAUUAUUCAAAAAACCUACAAAUAGUCAUCUAAUCUAGGUGAAUCAAAGCCGGCGCGAGAGAGAAAAGAACGAGACAGCUAAACCCAGCGGAAAACAUUUUUCCUAAAUACAAAGUAAAACAAAUCAAUUAUAAUUCCUAUCUUGUGGACCCGAAACAAAAUCCGAACAGUUUUUUUGGCAAAUCGGAUACAAACAGAACAGCAGACAAUGCUGAAGAUGUAAAUUAUUACUAUUCUAUAUUAUCGUAAGAGAACAGAAACCAAUCAUGAACCUAAAAAAUACAAGACAACACAAAAACACUCACACGAACUCAUUUAAUGUAUAAUUUCGUUGGAAAUGACAGUAGCUCAAUUUUAUCUUUUUUUAAUUUAAAACGUUUUUUAACAGUAAAACGAUACAAAUCAAAACAAGGAACCACAAAUAUUGAGAUGUUUGUAAAUGUGUAGACCGCCACAAAAUGGUAAAGUUUAAAAAAAAACUAAGCUAAAGUGAAAACAAAAAAAUGAAUAAUCAAACCCAAAAGCUGAGGAAAAAACGAAGAAAAACAUAUUUUAAUGUAAAUAUUUGAAGCUACAAAAGGCAACAACACAUACACAUCCACACACAAACACACACAGUCAAAACGUGGAUGAAGAGUCAAGCCUCUACCCUGGUUUAUUCCACAGAGCAGGCAUUAAAACAGUAACAAUAAACGCAAUCCCACACUCACACAUAAGCAAACGACCAGGGAGAAAAAGAGAACAAAAUACAAAAACACACAAACACUUUGAAACACGUUGUACAGUAUUUAAUCGAGAAAAAAAACGCUAGUGAAGUAAGUACUAAAAAAAACAAACAAACAAGGAAACAUUGAGUAAGACAAGGAAACACACACCAUACUAAUAACACUUAAAAAAAACUGUGUGUUUGUGUGGACUUUUGCAAAGAUAAAGCGCGAGAGAGCAUUAGAAGCAUAGUGGAGCAAAACUCAUUUGUGCAUGGUACAAACAAACGAAAAACAAAACUAAUCAAAGAGAGUGCGUGCUAGAUCACAGGAGCGAACGAGUAGGACGGACGCGAGAGAGCAGACGACGAAUAGGGGAGAAGCAAGGGUAGAGAAAAAACACACACAAACAAACAAAACUCACUUGGACGAUUUGGAGAGAGGAAAGUUGUUCAGGGCUGAGAAGGGAACAGA